GUAAUUCUAAUUAUUUACUUGGCCUUGUUUCUUUGUAGGCAGUGAUGGAAAAUACCAGAGCAAAUGAUAUACACAAGCGAGUUCCCUUUUUAGUACCGUUUACUAGCAGGGUUAAGAUUUUCACUACACAACUAGCAGCAGCUAGGCAAAGGAAUGGAUCUCUUGCUGUUUUUGCCAGAAACCGGUUUAGAAUUCGACGAAAUCAUAUAUUGGAAGAUGCUUUCAGUCAGAUGAGUGCAUUGUCUGAAGUUGAUCUUCGAGGAUCGAUACGUGUGUCUUUUGUUAAUGAAUUUGGAGUUGAGGAGGCAGGAAUUGAUGGUGGUGGUAUUUUUAAAGAUGUCAUGGAGAACAUUACACGGGCAGCCUUUGACGUGCAGUAUGGUUUAUUUAAGCAAAUCGCUGACCAUUUGCUCUACCCCAAUCCUGGUUCGGGAAUGAUACAUGAGCAACAUCUCCAGCUUUUCCAUUUCCUCGAAGUUCUUUUGGCAAAGGAGCAUUAUGUCAUUGAGAUGUUUUGGGAAGUUAUCAAAAGUUUCUCCGUGGAAAACCAAAAGAAAUUUCUGAAGUUUGUAACUGGUUGCUCUCGAGGACCUCUUCUUGGCCUUAAAUAUCUUGAGCCAUGUUUUUGCAUACAAAGGAAAUUGGUGUUUUGUUCAUUUUUCUCCAUUUCCUGGCAAGGAGCAGCUGGCAAACAAAUUUCUUUAUGCCAUAAAUGCGGAUGCUGGUUUUGAUCUAAGCUAAUGGAUGUUGUUGUUUUACCCUUCUUCUUGUUGAUAUACCUUUCGUAACAUCCUUUCAUCCCUAAUCUCAUCCUCGACCACAACCACUGCUUUGACCACGAUCGUCUCUCCGAAGAUUUGUGAGACAGUUCCAUUAGGUUAUGGGCACUAAGUGGUGAAACAUUGAUGGAGAUGGUUGGUGACACUACCAUUGUGUAUUCAGUGGAUUCACAUGCUUCCGAAGUCAUUGUUAGUGGGAGUGAAGAUUGUUCGGCAAAGAUAUGGAAAGAUGGAAUUUGUGUCUAGAGCAUUGAGCAUCCUGGUUGCGUUUGGGAUGCCAAGUUUUUGGAAAAUGGAGAUAUUGUCACAGCUUGUUUAGAUGGAGUAGUACGUGUCUGGACGGCAGAACAGGAAAGAAUUGUUGAUCCCCAAGAAUUGGAGUUAUUUGCUUCAAGACUGUCUCAGUAUAAGUUGAAUAGGAAGAGGGUUGGAGGAUUGAAAUUGGAAGAAUUAUCUGGGAUGGAUGCUUUACAAAUUCCAGGCUGUACUGGAGCUUGUCAUAAUCUUCCCACGUUGCCUCAUGAGGAGGGAGACCUUGCCAUUUAAUCAAAACCUCACAGCUUCCUCUUUUAUUCUUCGAGUACCCAGAUAUUUCCUCCGGUAUAGAUUUCCACUCAUGAGUUUCAGUAACGUAAGGCAGCAUGUCUGUCUGUACAAGUUGAUGAUCACCAACCAUUUUUUUGAGUUGGGACACAUGAAACACUGGAUGGAUGGAAGCGGAUGCUGGCAACUCUAGCUUAUACGCAACCAGUAUGAUGCGUUCCACAAUCGUAUAAGGCCCAAAGAACUUGGGGGAUAGUUUCUCAUUUUUCUUUUGUCGUAAUGAGAUCUGUCUAUAGGGCCUAAUCUUCAGGAAGACCAUAUCGCCAACUGCAUACUCCACAUCAUGACGCUUCAAGUCUACGUUAUUUUUCAUCUUGUCCUGUGCGACGAAUUAGUGUUCUUUUAGGACUCCCAGAAUUUCAACUCAUGCCUUGAGCUAUUCGUUUAAGGUAGUGUUUGGAGUGUCCCGGUCACCAUAAAACAUCAAUGGUGGUGGCAUACGUCCAUAGAUAGCCUGAAAUGGAGUGACCCCUACGGAUCUCUAAAAAGUAGUGUUGUACCAAUAUUCAGCCCAAUGUAUCCAUUUUGACCAUUCCUUAGGCCGUUCUCCACAAAAACAUCGCAGAUACGUCUCCACUCCCCUAUUAACCACCUCAGUUUUCCCAUCCGACUGAGGGUGAUAAGCGGUGCUUCGAUUUAAUCGGGUGCCUGCCAUUUUGAACAUUUCUUGCCAAAAGUUGCUCAAGAAUACCUUAUCUCGGUCGGACACUAUCGAUUUGGGAAAGCCAUGAAGUCGGACAAUCUCCUUAACAAAUAUAUUUGCUGAAUCUGUCCACCACUACAAAGAUGACUUCGAAACCAUUCGAUCUUGGUAAGCCCUCGAUAAAGUCCAUAGAUAUAUCGCUCCAAAUAUUGUUUGGACUGUCCAGGGACAGCAGCAGUCCGGUGGGGGAUAGUGCUAGGGAGUUGUUCUUCUGACAUAUUACACAUUCCUCACAAUACUUCUCAACAUCCGCCUUCAUUCCUUCCCAAUAUAGCUCACCAGUUUGUCGUUUGUAUGUGCGUAAAAAUCCAGAAUGGUCUCCAAGUACCGAAUCAUGGUAAGUAUGUAGGAUUGUGGGUAUCAAUGUAGAUGUUUUGGACAGCACAAACUUAUCCUUAUAUCUUAACAUACCUUUUCGGAUGGAGAAUUUACCCUCUGUUCCUUCUUCCAUUGCUUGUAGCUCUUCCAUUAUUUUGCUCAACUUUUCAUCCGCUUCGACUUCCUUUUUAAUCACCAGAAUGUCAACCAAUGUAGGAGCUGUUAUGCUACCGAGGUUAACUGUAGGAGGCAUCCAAGACAAGGCGUCUGCUGCUUUAUUCUCCAAGCCGGGUUUGUAGACCACCUCAAAUGAGUAUCCCGUUAGCUUCGCUACCCAUUUCUGAUACUGAAGCUGUAUCACUCUUUGUUGUAAUAAGAACUUCAAGGAUUUCUGAUCGGUCUUCACAAUAAAUUUUCUUUCCAACAGAUAUGGUCGCCAUCGUUGCACAGGCAAGAUUACUGCCAUUAAUUCCCUUUCAUAUACAGGCUUGGCCCUAUCUCUUAAGGCUAACGUAUGGCUAAAGUAUGCUAUGGGGCGCUUGGCUUGGACGAGUACGACUCCUACCCUAUAUCUCGAUGCAUCUGUUUCCAUUUCAAAGGUGGCAUUGAAAUCAGGCAACACCAAAACGGGCAGGGUCAUCAUGGCAUUCUGUAGUUGUUGGAAUGCCUCCUUAGACUCCUCAGUCCACUGGAGUCCCCCUUUCCCAAGUAGUUGAGUCAAUGGUGCGACAAUGAAGCCAUAGUGCUGAACGAACUUUCUUUAGUAACAGGUGAGGCCUAGUAAUCCUCGUACCUCUCUUAUAUUACUGGGUAUAGGCCAUUCCCUGAUUGCUCUGAUUUUCUCGGGGUUCACUUCAACUUCUUGUCCUGAAAUGAUAUGACCCAAAUAAUCAAUACGUUCUUGCGCGAAGCUGCACUUCUUCUGGUUUGCAUAUAACUCAUUCUUUCUCAGGAUUUCCAAUGCUAACCCAAUGUGCUUCAGAUGAUUUUCCAAGUUCUCACUGUAGAUUAGUAUGUCGUCGAAAAAUACUAAUAUGAACUUCUGCAAAAAUGGUUUAAAUAUUGAGUUCAUUAGAGCUUGGAAAGUGGAUGUGGCAUUAGUUAAGCCGAAUGCCAUAACCAUAAAUUCAUAGUGUCCAUCAUGUGUUCGAAA